GAGGAGGAAGAAGGUGGACCUCAGCAAUACUUCAGGUGUUGAACAGAGUGAGGUGAGGAGGUUUAGCUCCGCCCCUCACCAUGACAGACUUAGAGACCGAGUGUUUGAGCCUCGGCCUGCCCCCUGAGUGCGGCUCCCCUCCCCCGCCCCUGGACCCUUCCCUGCAGGUGGACUGCGGCCCGGGGCCCGCUGCCUCGGCGCCAGCGCCCACUCUGGCUCUCCUCUCCUCUGACUGCCCAACGCCCACACUCAGCUCGCUGGCGGCGGAGAUUGCCGAGCCGCUGGUGAUGCUGCCGUGCGUGAAGAGCGAGCCGGAGGACGGAGACCUGGAACCCAUCAGGACCGUGGACCUGUCCGAGAUCCAGCCGCUGUCCACCGCCGAGCUAGGUCAGGACCAGAUCAAGAUGGAGAUCAGCGGCCUCGACUACAUCAAGUCAGAGCAUCAUGGUCACCACGGCAACCACCACCUGGGCCCGUUCCACCACAGCGACGUCACAGAGCUGGACUACAAGUCGCACUACGAGCCCAGCUCCGUGUUCGACUACAUCUCUCAGGUGACAGACACUCUGGAGUACAUCAAGUCGGACCACCACGUGGACCUGCAGUGUUACUACACCACUGAGCUCAGCUCGCUGAAGGCCGAGUACCCCGAGUCCAACGCCAUGUCCGCCCACCUGCAGCACAAUGGCCUGGAGUCCAUCCACAUGGCCGAGCUCCGCACCGAGCUCAACAAGCUCCGCCCCGACGCCCUGCUGAUGGACGGCAUGGGCAAACUGGACCCUGAGUUUGGAGGGGGGGCGCUGUACGAGCUGCAGCCCGCCGCGGAGGGGAAGACGUCGGCGGAGGCUACGGCGACCGGGCAGACGGGAGGAGGAGGGAGUCUGGUUAUCAUGACCAAAACCCAGAGCCCAACGGUGAGGAAACCUCGUAACAUGCAGGGAGAGAAGCCUUUCUCCUGCACGCAGUGCGGGAAGAACUUCAGCACACUGGGAAACCUGAAAACACACCAACGCAUCCACACGGGCGAGCGGCCGUACACCUGCUCGCAGUGCGGCAAGAGCUUCGGCCAGGCAGGAAACCUCAAACGACACCAGCUGAUCCACACGGGCCAGAAGCCAUACGUGUGCGCUCACUGCCCCAAAGGCUUCACCAAGGCCGACGACCUGCGGUCGCACCAGCGGCUGCACACCGGCGAGCGUCCCUUCAUCUGCGUCACCUGCGGGAAGAGCUUCGGCCAGUCUAAGGAGCUGAAGGCGCACCAGCUGAGCCACACGGGCGAGCGGCCGUUCUGCUGCCAGCACUGCGGCAAGAGCUUCACCAAGGAAACCAGCUACCGCAACCACGUGCAGAUCCACACGGGCGAGAAGCCCUUCACCUGCUCGCAGUGCGGGAAGACUUUCAGCAACUCUGGCGUGCUAAAAACCCACGAGAAGAUCCACACGGGCGAGCGGCCGUUCGGCUGCACGCAGUGCGGGAAGAGCUUCGGCCGCCUCGGGCACCUGAAGGCUCACCAGCAGAUCCACACCGGGGAGCGGCCAUACGCCUGCCCCCAGUGCGGGAAGACUUUCAGCCAGUCGGGUCACCUCAAAGCACACGAGCAAAUCCACAAGCGAGAGCGAGCGGACACGGCCAGCACCAGCAGCAGCAGCAGCAGCACCAUGGGCAGUGACAGUAGCUAAAGAAAGAACACACCCUUUAACCUCGGACAAACAAAGUAUUAUUCCUUUUUUAUAAAUAUCUAUAAAUCUUUUUCCUUAUGAAUUUUUUCUUACAUUUUCAUACCUUUUGUGCUCUUUUUGCAUUAUAUCUGUGGGCAGGGUGGACUCUGACUGAUUUGCUCUUAUGCAAGUGUCUGUGUGUGUGCACAUGUUACGUACUGUGUGUCUGGGUGGGUGUGACACUGAGGGGCUUGUAGAUAAUCUGUAAACUGGUCUGAACCGCAGUGAGUCUCAAGGACCAGGAAACUCACUGAAACACAAGCACAAAAACUUCAGUGACCAAGUUUGAGAACCUUGUUUUUUUUACUGAAACUGAGCAGGACUCCGCCCACUGAUGACACCUGUUCCUCAGGUGACGUCCACACUAGAGAGACUCCUAUUGAUCGGCUGCUGAUUAUCAUUAACAAUACCUGAUGGGUGGAUGUGAAUUAAUGCUCCUAGUCAUUGAUCACCUCCAAACCGAUCAGCUGUUAAUCCUCUGAGAGAAGCUCUGUGAGCUGCGUAGUGAAGCCCUGCCAAAAUAAAACGUGUGUGAGAGACUGAUGGAACGUCUGCAAUGAUGACAAACACGAUCGGUAUCAGCCGAUCGCACUCAUAGAUGAUCGUAUCGGUGGCAAAACAGAUGAUGGCGGCGUCACUAGUCCACACUACUACGUUUUAGUUUUAAACUCAUCUCUUCUGCGUUUCCUCCUCCGUCCACACGACUCAGUCCUCAGGCCUUAAAACAGAGAGUUUUGGAAACUCUGUUAGCCCCGUUUUAUUUUGAAAACUCUGGGGUCAGUGUUGUAGUCUGGACAGAGUGAGACCUCUGUAAACGAUGAGGUCACAG